ACCCCGUUACAGCUGCACGAAAAAGAAGACAAGACCAACAUGGCGUCGAUCAACAGUGAUGAGUGGAGAGCUAUCUGCGACAAAUUCACCAACGCCCAAAACCUCACCGAGGUAGAGUCACGAAAUGACCCAGAAAACGAGCCGUUCCGCUCCAAAUACAAGGCCAGGGAGCUCCUUAGGGAGAUAUACUCCUCGCUCAAGUGUUUUAAUGCCGGCGAAGGUGAUGAGGAGAGCAGGGAGGAGAGCACAGACCAGCGGCCGCCAGUGGAGCCGGUGGACGGGCAGAGAGAGGACGAGUGCGGUCAGGACGUCAGCGGUGACUCUGCGGCCGGGCUGCGGGCCGCUAAACUCGGGGCAGUGGAGUACUAUUUGGGCGUCAACCAUGUCGACACGGAGGAGCUGUCUGCCGGACAGGAACAUCUGAUGAACUGCAUGAAGCUGCUGGAGAGAUGCAGCGUCUCCUCCGAGAAUGUGUCGCUGUUUAUCCAUGUCAGGAACCAGCUGGGCAUCUUGUGGGCGUCCCGGGACGAGACAGAGACAGCUCAGGGUUUCCUAGAAACAGCAGAAGCCAUAUACCAACGUUACAUGAAGGAGGAUGGGACUCCUCCCACUGAUAUGACAGAAUACUUUACUACUGAGGAGAACCUGCUGACACAUCAGGAAAGGAACAAAAGGUUUGAGUUGGCUUACACACAUACCAUGUACUACCUUGCUCAAAUCUACAAAAACCUUGGUCAAAACGAACGUGCCGCCACCUAUUGUCACAGUACACUGCAGAGACAGUUACAGUUGAAUCAGUUCAGUCCGAUGGAGUGGGCGCUGAAUGCCGCUACACUAUCACAGUAUUAUAUCACUAAGGGCCAAUUCAUGUUGGGCAGACAUUGCCUGUCAGCAGCUUCCGUCAUAUCCGGUUUGGCAGGAGACGUUCCUUCUGAGGCCGCAGCACAGGAAAGUGAGACAGAGAGUGAGCGUAGGGAAAAGCUCAGACAGCAGAGAGCGGAGAUCGCAAGAUGCUGGAUCAAAUACUGUCUCAACCUCCUGCAGGAUGCAAAGAAAGUACUCGAGGACAACAUCGGGGAGCUUGAUACUGAUCGUCAAGAAGAGCUGAAGAGAGCAAGAAGACGUGAGGAGGAGGAGGAAGAGAAGGGCAGGAAGAACGCUUUACUGUUUGGCUCUGAGGACACAUUUGACUCCAUCGCUAGUGUGGAAGAAAAGGUGCAGUGUUUGUUUCCAUUGGACUUCACUGAGGCCAGAGCUGUGUUUCUAGUGGGACAGAAUAAUGUCACACAGGCCAAGGAGUACUUUGUGAUGGACGGAUAUGUGACGGACCACAUAGAGAUCUUGCAGGAUCACAGCACCCUCUUCAGGUCUCUAGCGUUCUUUGAAGAGGAUCUGGAGCGACGCUGCAAGAUGCACAAACGCAGAGUCGAUAUGCUAGAGCCGGUCUGCCAAGACUUGAACUCUCAGUACUACCUAAUGAUCCGUAGACAGAUGAUGUUUGAGCUGGCAGAGACGUACAGUGAAAUGAUGGACCUGAAACUAACGCUGGCAAACAGACAAGCAGAUGCACAGUCACUCGAUAGCCACACCAUUAAGAAGUUCAACCACCUCUGCUCUGCCUCUGUGAAGUACUUCCAGAUGUUCCUAGACUCUCUACGCUCUCCAGAGGGGAAAAUUCCGGAGCACCUGGAGGAGGAGGUGCUUCGACCAGCUCUGGUGGCUCGCUUCAGAGUGGGGCGACUACACAGCCGACUGAUCAGCUCUUCACCCUCUGCUCAGCUCGAAAACCUCAACAACUCUGUAGAAAACUACAAAUACGUGGUGGACUAUUGUGAGGCUCACCCCGAGGCAUCAGCCACCGUGGAGACAGAGCUGGAGCUGAGUAAGGAGAUGGUCGGCCUUCUGCCUCUCAAAAUCAACCGCCUCAAAGCAAGGAUGGCCACCAACAACACGGACGACGACGCUGUUCACUGACGGACUUGUUGUCGUCCAUUUGCGCCACCUUGUCAUGGAAGGACACUCUCAUGCCUCCUGUUUUGUAUCAUGGUGGCUUCAUGUUGUUUUUCCAGUGAGCAUGCUGCCUUUACAAGACCACACGAAAAGAAAUCACUCACUAUGUCUUCGUGCUUGCCAUUGUAUAGUAAAAUGUGGCCAAUUUACCUUUAACAAUACUCAGAUAGUGGUACAGAUCCUCUUUGAUCAGGUAGCUUCGGUUGUAGCUGAUCCUCUUUAUUUUCUUUCUGCCUUUCAGAAGUUGCACUGUCAUCCUGUUAAAUGUACAGCAGAUACUGUAUGUAAUGAUAUUAAACCAAUGGAGUAAUAUACACUUGUGUCAGAGGA